GCCCUUUGGGCCGGUCCUGUGCAAGACUACACCCUUCAUCCAGCACGUAUCUGUCUGUGCUUCUGUCAACACAUUGGCAGUUAUUGCCGUUGAUAGAUAUAUGGCGAUCUGUAACACGUGGAGGAGGAAGCUGUUUACCACGUUCACCUCUCGUGUCGCCCUAGUAAUGAUUUGGGCUGUGGCAUCUAUUGUUCAACUUCCGGUGUUCAUCUAUUAUGAGGAAUUCAUGGGAGAUCCGCCGUACACUAUUAAGAUGUGCGGCACACACUGGCCCACAUAUGACCUUCAAAGAGGGUACUUUGUCAUCGCCCUAUUUCUGUUCUGUUACGCGCUGCCGCUGGUCCUUAUCCUGGUGUGUUAUAUGAUGAUAACUAUUCGCGUUUGGAACAGACAUGCGCCUGGGCACUCUGCUAAUAGUUCCGGUGUGAUACAGAAAUCUAAAAUCAAAGUAGUUAAAAUGUUCGCAAUGGUUGUAACACUGUUUACGUUAUCAUGGCUACCGCAGUACGUAAUCCGAUUUGUGUUUUACUACUCUCCUUAUCUGACCCAUGAUAUCGUUAUCACACUUUCGAAAUAUGUAAUCCCGACCCUGCAAUGGCUGGGCCUAUCAAACAGCUGUAUCAACCCUUUAAUUUACUGUCUUUUCAACAAAAAGUAUCGAAGGGGGUUUAAAACAUUGCUGCGUUGUUAUCGCUAUGGAGAUGCUUCUCAUCAAAUCAUGAAACACCAAUCAACAAUAAAUAGUGGAGGGACAGCGUUGACCGACUCGACCAGGAGACCAACGCGGAUGUAUUCUCCCGCCAAAUUCAUGUCUGUUGAAUAUUCGAAUGGUCACAUGACCGUCUCUUUCAGGAAGGAAGAUGAUGACACCUCCACAUCUGGCAGCUGACUUGCCAUUUCACAAGGUCACGCAGAUAGUGGUAAUGGUACUCUAACUUAGUGCGGAAAAGCAGUGUUAUAUGUAGUACACAAGCUGUUGUGGUAAAGAAUUUAUUUGUUUCAGAUAUGUAUCAGGUGUUCAAUGAUCAUUGUAUAUUUUCUAUCAUUGCAUAUAACACGUUUGCUUUCGUCUGUUUGAAUAUAUAUAUUGAAUAAACAAGUUGCUAGUGUUA